AUGUCGUUCCGCGGCCGUGGAGGGAGAGGAGGAGGGAGAGGCGGCCGCGGAGGAAGAGGAGGCAGAGGCUUCGGGGGCGCCAGCUAUGACCACCCCGCCAAGCACGCUCCCCAUGAGGACUUCCCGGAGAUCACCCUGCCGGAGAUGACCUGCGCCAAGGCGACCAACGAGGAGAAGGCUCUGAUACUGUCCACCUUGAAGCUCGAUGAUUUCAUGAGGAAUUCUUGCUACUACCUGGAGCCGGAUGCCCCCAAGAAAAAGAAUGACGACAAAGAGAUCGAAAGAUAUUCUGAUAGGAAGCGUAAAACACAGAGCAAACGGGAAGCUCUUGCAUCAUACCUCAAACUGAUCCCUGCAAAUUUUCCUGCAGAACUGCUACAUGGUUCUAAACGAGCACAACCAGUUCAGAAAAAACUUCGGUGGGAUAAAGACGCAGAUAAUCAGGCAUUUGAUAUAUUCGAGAAACUUGAAGCGAAGCAGAAGGCAUAUUUCUAUUCAAGAUAUAUUAUUACUGGUUUAAAGAUGGAGAGGAGAAGACCGAAAAGGAGGGUGAUGAGGAGGAGGAGGAUGAAGAGGAGGAAGCAGAAGCGGAAGAAAGUUCAGAUGACGAUUAUAAUCAGAAUAUCGAGUUUGAUGAUGACGAUGAUGACUGGAACCAGGAGGAGGAAGCACGUAAGUUUCCAUUUAAUAUGA